AUGAGGGAGAGCAAAAGGCCACCCGAGCUGGCCGACAUCUCCCGUGUAGCGUUACAACAAUCUCUUUCCAAUGGAUCGGAGGCAUCGAGAAACGUAGCCAGAUGGGAGCACAAAACGCGAGCGCUCAGCCGAGCCUUUGGCUCGCCGCAUACUGCCUGCUACUGCCUGGGCACGGUUAUCCUGCUGCUGAACUGCGUGCGGAGCCAUUGCUUCACAGAGGCCAUGAAGAGCCAGCCGAAGCUGGAGGGCUUGGACUGCCGCUGGGCCUAUUUCUUGGGCUUGGCCGUCCUGGCCGUCGGGACCUUGUUCGUCAUCUCCAGCUUCUUGGCGCUGGGCUUCAUCGGGACGUUCCUGGGUGACUACUUCGGCAUCCUGAUGGAGGCCAAAGUGACGAGCUUCCCCUUCAGCGUCCUGGAUAACCCCAUGUACUGGGGCAGCACCGCCGUCUACCUGGGCUGGUCCCUCAUCAAAAUAAGUGAUGGCCGAGUGCUGGGGAGAGGAAACGUCAGCAGAUGAUCUGCAGCCGAGCGGAGUCCUUGGCAGGCUCCGCGGUUGGAAAAAUCAACAGCCGGGGCCAAAUUCACGCCAGGGGUCACUCAGCGGGGCAGGGCGCUGAUACCAGGCAUCAGCGUGGCCCUGUAAUUACUGCUGGAAAAAUCAAAACAAGCCAACACACCCGUCCCCCCGCUGCAUGGUGAUAACACUUCCGAAACACUCCUCAUGUGACACAACACAGCUUUAUAGCCUGCUUAGGAGGAAAUGAAUAAGCUGUAAUCUAGCAGUAAAUGAGCAAUAUACUCUAUAUAUUGUG